GAGUAGGAUCUUUUUCAACCGUGUUUAAAUAUUGAUUAUCACAUUUCAUAUUUAUAACUUAAGCUCCAUAAACGAACGACGAAGCGGUAGUGUGUAUAAGAAAGAAUUGGAUUACUAAAGCACUGACAAAUGGCGACAGCAUUUCCAAAAGUAGAAAAGAUCAUCGCUGUCGAUGAAAAUUUGUUGACUUGUCAAAUAUGUAAGGAGAUGUUUGACAACCCAAGAAUCCUACCAUGCCAUCAUACGUUUUGUAGGAAAUGUAUUGUAAUAUUAGUCAGGGGCAGCUGCUUAGAAACACAUGAGAGUGACACGUUUAACUGUCCAGUUUGUCGGCGACAACUCAAAAUUGAGAAUUGGAAAAAGAAUGUAAAUGCCAUCAUGAAAGCAAUUCCUGAAAACAAACUAAUGAAUGAAUUGCUUGAAGGGAUAGAUACAAAGAAAGUGGCUUUCAAUGAUUUUGAACAAGAACGCCACAUUGAUAUGUCUAUGACAGUCCAGCGUUGUCUGUGGAGUCAUCAUUGCUUCUUGGUUCUGUUUAAGAAGUAUUUGGAUGCACUUAAUAGGUUGACAGUUCUCAAAGGCAGCGAUGAAGCAAUCAAUAAUGUGCAUAUCAAUCGAAAACUUACAGCUAUGUUCAGCGAAAUUUUGUUGUUAACAUUUGAGAACAUCGGCGAUGAAGCUUUUGAACGUAUGUCUUCGACUAGUGUUGCAGCCAGUAUCCAACAUAGAAUGACUUUCAAUGACAGACUGCGAGAAAUAAACUGUAUUUGGGAAAGUAUUAAAAAUAGUGGAAUCCGGAUGCGACAUAGUGAUAGUCAUCAAAUGUUUAUAACAGAAAUGUCCAAAUCUGCCUGGAUUCAUCCUACCGCAGAAAAGCGCCAACAGAGGUACUCGGAGACCCAAGGCAUCUUGCUCAUUGCCUAUCGCUCUCUUGGAUUUAGUAACUUGUUUUCUUUAAUGGUUCUGAUUAUGAAUGUCCAUUUUGAAAAAUCCCGUUGGCCCAUGCAUUUUGGUUUAUUAAGAAACUUCAAUUUACCCUGGUUUCAAAUGGCAUACAUAGGAAUGGUUAAAGUACUUGGCAGUAUAUUUCUUAUUUAUAUAUGCGAUGCUCUAACGGGAAGGUCAAUUGUAUUGUCAAUAUUGUCAGCAAAUUUCUUUGCUUACUUAAUAUUGUGGGAUUUUCCUCGAAACACAGACAGGAACAGCAUGCAUUUGCAGUACUUUGAUUUUGAAUCGGGACUUAUAAUACAUAUUCCUGCAAUUGAAUCACACGAGUUCUCAAUUAUUGGAAAAAUUGUGCACAGUACGUUCUUUGUGGAAAACAUAUGCCGCCUUUUGUUUAUCAUUUAUGCAUUUUUAGCGAGUACAAUUUCUUCUACAAUGCUGCCGACUGUCUGGUUCAUAGUAUAUGAUGUGGUAGCAAAACUUGCAUGUUUAUUGCUUCUGAAAUUUGAUGAUCAUUUGACCAAUCUUGAAAGUGACAUUCAAGGACCCACGCAAGCUAACGAGCAUUCAAGAAUCAUCUAUCUUUCAUGAGAUCAUAAAUGAGUAUUUGAUGUAACUGAGUACAUGUAGUUUUAUCGGCCGUAAACAAGCAUAACUUGCCGCACGUUUGCAGCAGUUUGCAGAACAGUGUAGCGAGACUCCAGUAAUUUAAAAAAAAACGACGAUUUGUUAACCGAAGUUAUGUCGAUUUCUACUGGUGUGGCAAUGUAUAAGAAACUGUUAAAUCAUAAAUAAAUCAACCAUAAAAUAUCAUAAUUCAUAUGAUUUUUUUAAGAUAUGAGAUAUUCAACAUGGGUUUAUACAAACUGAUACAAACAGGAUAUGUCCAUGUUGUCCAUAUUGUGUCCCUUUCUAGCAACCUUUUCUUUCAACGUCCUUGAUUGUUUGCAUCUUUUUAAUUCUAGACUUUUAGCAUUUGUAUUUUAAUCUAAUCGGAUAUGUCAACCAGUUUGUAAUUGUAUUGUUUUGAAAUAAAAAUAAUUGGGAGUCUUUUAUUUACUCAAGAGUUUGUGGUUUACCGAAAUGAUAAUCAAUAUUAUUUACUCAUUCCUCUAUUUUCGCAGCAUACUUAGUUUUAUGGAUUAUUCAUGGGCAAUCGAGAAGCUGUGUUUGGUUGCUGUGUUUUUAUUUCACAAUAAAGACCAUAUGUAAUCCUGCCAUUAGAUUUGAUUUUGUCUCAUUCGUUGCAAAACUUGUAUAAGCAGAUGUUCAGAACGUUUUUCGCUUUUUGUUUACUGCUUACGCAUUGUUCAAGUUAACAUAUUUGUUUUCAAUAUUGCCCAUGCUUUGGUACGUGACAUAUGACUUUCUAUCGGAAAGGAAUGUUUUUUUGUGUUUGUGUGUGUUUAGUAGCGUUAUGGAUGUGCAAAUUUCAACACUAAGACCACUCUUUUAUGUGACAAUUGGUAAGUGUAAAUAUGAUUAACUGUAGCAUAUGUAUCAUAAUCGACCUAUUGCGCUGACAAUAUUGAAAUCCUGUGAACGUUUUAUUCGAAUUAUAUUUCCAUGGUUUUAAAAACACAUUGGAAUCUCUAUACUCAUGCAUGUUUUUAAUUCACAUACAUGUAUGCAGACAUUUGUACUAAUGCUUUCAUUAUUUGUUGUUAUAAAAUCGGUGAAUCAGAAUCUCCUCUCACGCUGGAAUCAUAAAAUGACAACACUGUACAGAACGUAAAGGAAAUUAUUUGUCUCACCAUAUUAUAUUAUUUUGAAGAUCACUUAAAGCUUCUACUUACAUGACUUCACACUGGCGGUCAUUUUUUUGCACAUAAGAAAUAAACUAGCGAUCGUUUAACUUGGCUUAUUAACCUCAAAAGAGCUGGUUGGACGUAACUAGUAAUUGACGGAAGUGUACUGUUUCUUUUAUUUUAGUUAUGUCUUAGUGUGACUUUGACAAAGCCUUUUACAAAACAAUCACUUUGUUGAACAACAAUUGUCUUAUACUUUGAUAAGAUUUACGUUUUACUUUUUUACUUAUCAUUUAUUCAGGAUUGUUGGGAUAAGAGUGAGUUUCUUUUGUAUAAAGAAUGCCUAGUUUUUUAUAUAGUUUAUAUGCACUGUGCUGUUUGUGGAGUUUUGUGCUGUUCUUCCAUGUUUCUUGUUUGUGAUUUUUUAUUUAUGUGUUCUAUGUCUUUGGAGUUACCCUGUGCCAUUAAACGGGGUUUAUGUUUACACUUUUGACUACUAAGCUUGUCCUGUAGUUUUUAACAUAAAUUCUAUCACUUUUGAAUUCAUGACCACUAGUUUAUCAUAUUAUGGCAACACUUUUGUGUUAACGUUAUUACUUAGCGGGUCUUUCGAAUAGCUUCAUAAAGCGUAAUCAACAAUUAUUCUUUACGUUGAACAUGUGUAAUUACUAUUAUUAUUUUUUGCUAGUUUGUUCAAUUUAAAAAGUGUAUAAAAAUUACUUUUACGAAAAGAAUGUAACUUUUGGUCAAUUGGAAUAAUAAAAAUAUUUUUUCUGUUAUGAAAUAUUUGUAUCCAAAUUAACUAAAUGUGUUAAAAAAACUAGUUUAUAUAGUAUGUAUGCACUGUGCUGUUUGUGUUGUUUUGUGCUUUUCUUCCGUGUUUUCUGUUUGUGAAAUCUGUUUUAAUGUUCUAUGACUUUGGCGUUUGCCCAGUGCCAUUAAACUGGAUUUAUGUUUAAACGUUUUGCUAUUGGGCUUGUUUAUGUAGAUUUUCGCAUAAAUAUUAACUCCAUUAAACCACACACGACAAUCUGUGUGUCUGGGGAUAAUAUUAGUGUGUCUGAUUUUUGUGUAGCAGAUGUAUUAAACGUGA